AUGUCGAGCAUGGAGAAACCCUUCUACGGUAGCAAUAUAGAUCCUCGUCAACGAUUUCGCCAGCCUCUAAUCGAUCAUUGCACCAACAAGUGGCGAGACGAACCACCUCAUCGAUACGAAGUAUCCCCCGACCGUGCAACUCCCGCUGGAGAUUUUGUGGACUGCCUAGAAGACUUGUGGGAAAACACCAAGGCCGUUGUCAGGGCCCCCAAAUUUCGCAGACUGUUGGCCGUGGUGAUUUUGGCUUUCGUGGUCACAGCCGUCGUUUGUCUCAAGGUCUGGCCGUUUGUCGACGAGGAAAGAACAAUUUUGGCUUCGGUGAGCAAGAGCGGGACUUCAGCCUCGGGGGGGCUAUUUGGAAUAAACCUACGACCUCAUUUCCCCGGUAUGAUCCAGGUGCAGACGCUAGAUCCCCUUCUCCUCCCACGACUGCCCCGUGACGCGUCUCCAGAAGCUGGAAAUAAAACGAGAUUGAUGUUUGUUGGAGAUAUCCAUGGGUGCAAAGACGAGUUGCAAGCUUUGCUGGACAAGGCGCACUUCGAUCCGGUCACCGACCAUUUGAUCGCCUUGGGGGAUAUCGUUUCCAAGGGUCCCGAUUCACGGGGGGUCAUCGACCUUUUGCGUGGUUAUAAUGCCUCGUGCGUGCGUGGAAACCACGAAGAUCGGCUUCUGUUGCUUGUGGAGGAUUUGAAGAGCACGUCUUUGAACUCAAAGAAGAAUCUCAAUUUCGCAAAGGAUCUUGCUUCCCAGGCUGCUGUGAGUAGGGACGAUUCCCUGAAGGAGCUCGCCAUGUCGCUAGAUUCGGCACAAAUCCAGUGGCUCGCAUCUUGUCCAGUCAUCCUUCGAGUUGGAAACAUCACUGCUUUCCCCGGGGAGACUGUUGCCGUCCAUGGAGGUCUUGUAUUAGGCGUCCCUCUAGAACAGCAAGACCCGGUUUCGGUUAUGAACAUGCGAACCAUGGAUAUGCGAACUCACGUCCCUUCAGAGAAACAUGAGCAGAAGGGAGGCCAUGCAAAAGCUUGGUACAAAUUAUGGAACAAACAUCAACAGUUGCUUCCUACACGGCAAGGUUGGGACCGCCUCAAGAGCCUUGGGAAAAAGAAAUCUGCGGAGAAGCAAAUGACAGUCAUCUACGGUCAUGAUUCUAAGACGGGCUUGAAAUUACGAAAAUACACGAAAGGGCUUGACUCUGGAUGUGUCGUCGGUGGACAACUCACAGCAUUGGUAGUAAAUGGCCACGGCAAACAGAAAAUUGUGCAAGUCGAUUGUAAAGGCAACAGGUAA